GCGGCACGGUGACGUAGUAGCCCAAGCACAGACGUUUUGGAGCUUUAACAGAGUUUAGACAAGGUUCCCCGGUUGACCUUGCUCCUGAGUGGUGACCGUAUACUACAUAACGUCCAGGGAAAACAUGACAACUCCAAGUUUCCCAGUGCCUCCCAUGUCCACAUUAGGCAGCUCGGGAUUCAAGUUAUCCAAAGAGCAUCUAGUGGUAGCGGUGCCGGUGGCGGUGUUUGCAGCGGCCGGAGGGUUCCUAGUCGGCCAGUACCUGAGCAGGCGGGGCUGUAAAAAGGGCCAGGUGAACUCAUCCAUCAGUAAAGACAGUCCCAAAGUGGUCCACAGCUUCGACAUGGAGGACAUUGGCACCAAGGCUGUAUACUGCCGCUGCUGGAAGUCAAAGAAGUUCCCUUACUGCGACGGGGCCCACACCAAACACAACGAGGAGACCGGGGACAACGUCGGACCGCUCAUUGUCAAAAAGAGGGAUGCUUAAAGCCCACUGAUCCGAGAACUCGGCCCUCUCUUGACUUGUCAUGCGCCCGGCCCCAGUUCAUCUGAUCUUAUAUCAUCAUUGCAGUUACUUUACAUGACACAAUUAAAACAGACAGUGGAUAUUCUCCAGAGCCCAAGAAUAAAAUUCAGAAAGUGUUUGAAAAAAAAAAAAACAUGGAUGAAUUUAGAUUUUACACAUUCCACACUGUGACUUUAAAUCAAAGGUCAUUCGAGGACAGAUAAGGAAGGGACUUUGACAGUCAGCACAGUCAGACAUGGAGGUGCUCUGACAGCAUUCUGACCUGCUUAAAUCAGUGAGUUUGGUGACAGAAGUGAAGUAUUUCAUUAUGAAGCGAUUGUACCUUCUCGUCUGGUGUCACCUUUCCAUGUUAAGUCCUCGAGGUGUGGACCAGGUGAUGGUCAUAAUGAAGUGGCAGCUCUUUGCCUCAGUCAGUCCAAAAUUUCCUUAUAAAUUCAACAAAAGCCUUAUAAUAAAUCUACAGCCAUCGACACACACAACCCAUAUGAAUGUUAUGCGUUAUGAUUUUUUUCUUUUAUUUUUUUUUGUUGCACAGAGCCUCUUAUUCAGAGGACAUAGAUGUUUGGCUUAAGGAAAUAAUCUCCAUUCUUUGGAAGUGUUGAAACACUAUCUGCUGUUUGUAACCAGUUCCAGUCUGCUUUCUGAGAAGAACUUGUAUUUAAUCUGUAAAGUGUUCAAAUGUUUAAAUUCUGCUUAUGAAUGAUCCAUUUUGCUUUUUGUUAGAUUUAUUUUCUACUGGCUGCGGUGCGUCUGACUUGAUGAUUCAUUGUUCUGUAUAUUGUGAAUAAAACGUGUUGAGUGAUCUGA